AUGGACGGGAUUCAUCCACCCUUCACUGUGAGGACGUCCAUCAGCUUUCUGCUUCUGAUUCUGCUUCAAACAUCUGCUGAUGCCCAAAGCAUCUGUAGUGCUCCUCAAAUUGUGAACUUUGAUGAAAACAAUGCUGUGGGUGCUGUCGUGUUGGACAUCACUGUGCUGCCGGGGGUCACCCUUACCUUCAAAACACCUGAAAACCCUGACACUGAUAACCCAUUUGAACUCAACGGUAACCAGCUGAUAGCUAAGAGAUCGUUAGACUAUGAGACUCAGAGAACUUUUACAGUCAACAUCAACUGCCUUCAGGCAGACACAAGCUUCCCGUUGGUCUUUGUUGUAGUACUUCAAAACUUGAACGAUAACGCGCCACAAUUUGCUGAAAACCCCUACAAUGUGAACUUCAAUGAGAUGUCUCCAGUGGGCACAACUGUGGGCCGGUUUGCUGCCACAGAUUUGGAUCAGCCUAAUCAGCUCUACUACACACUGACAUCUGACACUAAUGAAUUUGGACUGGUGUCACCGACCAACCCGGACAUCAUUGUAAAGACUCUUCUUGACUUCGACAAAGUCAAAGAUUUCAAUUUGGUGUUGACCGUUCAGGACACACCGUUUGCACCAGUGGAGAGUCCUUCGUUCACUGCCACCACCACCAUCAUGGUCACUAUUGUAGAUGUGGACAACAGACCACCAUGGUUUCAGCCCUGCAAUAAGUAUGAGGUGGGGGGCGCUAUGGUCUGCCAGAGUUCUGGCUACACCGCCAAGGUCAACUUAAACGAACAAGAGAUUUUACAACUGAAACCAGGACCGAUUCAUGCCAUCGAUGGUGACUCGCUAAAUGAGGAGAUAACCUACUCAUUCCUGAGCGGUGAGCAGCUUGAUCUGUUUGAGAUCAACCCGAACACAGGGGACGUCACCAUGCUGAGGCCGACCGACGUGUUGGGGACAAUCACUCUGACAGUGCUGGCUGCUCAGAAGAUAAACACUUAUCAGUUUGCCACCACCAGUUUGACAAUCAGUGUUCAGGUGAAGAGCCUCCAUCCUCCAGAGUUUCAGAAGUCUCGGUAUGAAGGCGUUGUCUCUUCAGUAGGAACCAUAGCAGUGGACCCAACCAACAAGGAUGAGCCACUGCAGAUCAUCGCCAUAGAUAAGGACUAUGCUGCUACUGGGAAUAUAAAUCCUUACAUCAAGUACUCCAUUAAGGGAAGCAAUGACUUCUCCAUCAUGAACGGUUACUUAUUCAUGAAAAAGGAAGUCCCAGACGGCCAAUUAUCUCUGCAAGUGGAGGCACUAGACACAGACAACGAUGAAUCAGCCACAGCUGAGCUCUUGGUGGAUGUGAAAACAGAUGCCACAGAGUACCACCUGCGUCGGUAUGAGACACAGAGAGAAGUGACCGUGUCUGUUUUUGACGCCCUGGGAAUGAGGACGGGUCUCACCACCACCAGUUUGCCUCCAAACACUACAACAGAGGAAUCCACCACCAUCAGCAAGACAACGGAAGAUAUUGUGUCCACCACCAUCAGCAAGACAACGGAAGAUAUUGUGUCCACCACCAUCAGCAAGACAACGGAAGAUAUUGUGUCCACCACCAUCAGCAAGACAACGGAAGAUAUUGUGUCCACUACCGUCAGCAAGACAACGGGAGAUAUUGUGUCCACCACCGACAGCAUCACAACUGUCCUCCCCAGCACAACCACUGAAAGCAUAACUUCCACGAUCAACAAUUCGGGUGUCUUUGGAGUGGGGGACAUGGCAGCGCUCGGUGCGAGUCUGGGUGUCCUGCUGUUCGUGUGUCUGGUGGUCAUCGGUGUGCUGGCCCAUUGCAUUCAGAAGUGGAAAACAGACUGUAGGAAGAUCUCUGAAGCCAGCAUGUUUCAACGCACUCUGAAUCAAGGUUCAAUUAGUAAAAAGGGAGGAAACCCUUACACCAACAUGGCCUUCCUGAACGAGAAAGAUGGAGGCAGCACAGGCUCAGAUAAUCCAGAUGGGGGAAGCAUAAAGGCUGACGAAGAGCACCUGUAUGACAACAGCCUGGUCAGAGAGUCUUCGGCACCGGUUAAAAGCCCAGAGCACGACGACAGCAGCCUGACAGGAUCUGAAAAUACAAAUACGGACAGCGAGAAGGAGGUGAAACCCAUCCUGACCAAGGAGCGGCGCAUGGAGGAAGGGUACAAAUCGGUCUGGUUUAAGGAGGACAUCGACCCCGAUGCUAAGGAGGAAGUGGUCAUCAUCCCAGACAGCAGAGAGGAUGACAGCGAGGAGGAAGAUGAGGAUGAAGACACUGACAGGCCAGUUAAAAAGGUUGUCUUUGCUGAGGCUGAUCUAGAUAGUGGACUCGGGGUAAAGAUAGAGGAUCCAGCAGAGGACUCAGAUGAUGACGACAUGGUGACCGUGGAUCUGUGA